AGCAUUCAUACCAGAAGUCUCUCCGGUGACUGAGAUUAGAUCCCCGGAAUACUGCUGUGCCCUCUUCCCUCUCUGUCUCUACCCUGCCGCCAUGGACGACCUUCCUCUCCAGAAGAUAGCAAUAUCGGGCCCCACGCUGGCUUCCCUGAUCCAACGGGUCUCCUCCUCUCUGGCCGACGCGGAUGGCCUCCUUUUCGGUCACUUUUCCCUAGUUACCCCUUCCACCCUCUCGGACGACUCCUCCGCCGAUCCUGCAGCCUCCACUCUAGUGGCCACCAUCACCAGCUUCAUCUGUUCAGGCGCCCCGCACUCCUCCUUCGACACGCUGGCCCGAGUAAGCUCGGGCCACCACAUUCCCCGCGGCACCCAUCUCAUCGGCUGGUUCUCUGGCCGCCGCAAGUCUCGGCUCCAGCCGUCUAUGCGCGACUUCGCCGUCUCGGCGUCUCUCUCCGCUGACCCCAAGCUUUCCUUUCCCGUCGUCAGCUCCACCUCCAGUCGCUUCUCUCCCCGCGUCUUCCUCCUCUUCUCCACACCUCCGGCGACGCCGGAGACCGCCACCAUCCACACGCACGAGUACAGGGCCUACCACUUCUCUCCAGCCACGGAAACUUUCGAGCCGAAAUCGGUGAGCGUGGUCAACAUCGGGCCUGGAUUCCGAGGGCAUUAUGGCAACUUCAGCCCUAAUUCGCCAUUCCCGCUGCUGGCUUGCGAGCUGAGGGGAUCUUCGAUGAUGCAAGAGGAUAUAGAGGAGGAGAGAUUGAGUGUGAUGAUGCAGGCCACUAAGGACAAGAAGGAGCUGGACUUGAUGGUCGAGGGUUUCGAGAUCGGGAGUCUGCGACGGCUGAUGGGACCAGAGGCCACUGCUUACACGGCGGGAUUGGAGGAAAUGUACGAGAAAAUGCUGACAAAGAUUAGCAGCUUGGCCAGGCUAGUGGAGAAGAGCUCCGCUAGGGUUCUUGAGCUGGAAAAUCACAAUUCCAAGAUAAGGGCCGACAUUGCUGGGAUCAAGAGGGCAGCUGAUGCUUAGCACAUCAGUGGUAUAGUGAAUAUCAAUUACCCACUUGGACCUUCGGUAUACCAUCAAGGAUGGGAGGCAAAAGAGAUCACCUUCACUGCGAUGCUGAAUGUGCAAUCAGAACGCCCAAUAAUCAAUGUGGGGUUUGAUAAUCUAAUUGAUGAAAUGAGAUGGAUUAUGGAACCGUCUAUUCUGCCAGUUCAGUUCGAGAGCAAAUGAGAAGGCUUUUGUUCACUUGUAUUGAGAUACUCAAUUUGGUAUUGUAGUGGCAAUAGAUUGGAAGAGAAUGUACAUAAUUCAUCUCUAUUGAAGCACUGUUGUUUUGUCCAAUGUGCAGUUCUAAAGAACUACACAUUUGAAUA